AUGCAUUUAAAGCUGCAGUCAGUGAAUGCCUUCUUCAAACAUCGGUACCAGAUCUAUUCCAACCAGGUCCAACCACAACCAGGUCCCAUCAACUACCUCAGUCCACCACAGUCCACCUCAGUCCACUACAGUCCACCACAGUCUACUACAGUCCACCUCAGUCCACUACAGUCCACCACAGUCUACUACAGUCCACCUCAGUCCACCUCAGUCCACCACAGUCCACCACAGUCCACCUCAGUCCACUACAGUCCACCACAGUCUACUACAGUCCACCUCAGUCCACUACAGUCCACCACAGUCCACCACAGUCCACCUCAGUCCACUACAGUCCACCACAUCCACCACAGUCCACCUCAGUCCACCUCAGUCCACCACAGUCCACCACAGUCCACCUCAGUCUACUACAGUCCACCUCAGUCCACCUCAGUCUACUACAGUCCACCUCAGUCUACUACAUUCCACCUCAGUCCACCACAGUCCACCUCAGUCUACUACAGUCCACCACAGUCCACCUCAGUCCACUACAGUCCACCUCAGUCUACUACAGUCCACUACAGUCCACCUCAGUCUACUACAGUCCACCACAGUCCACCUCAGUCUACUACAGUCCACCACAGUCCACCUCAGUCUACUACAGUCCACCUCAGUCUACUACAGUCCACCACAGUCCACCUCAGUCUACUACAGUCCACUACAGUCCACCACAGUCCACUACAGUCCACCUCAGUCUACUACAGUCCACCUCAGUCUACUACAGUCCACCACAGUCUACUACAGUCCACUACAGUCCACCUCAGUCUACUACAGUCCACUACGGUUUCAGCACCAGCUGGCAGAGGUCCAGGUCUGGUUGCCGUGGUGACCACAGCUCUGUCAGACGUCAGAAGGCAGUGUCUGAGCAUGCUCAGUCUGCAGCCUGAUCAGGUUCUCAUUGAUCCUGGUUGA